AUGACGGACUUGGUUGUUCAUUGCUCUCAUUUGGAUUUCAACGGCCAUGAGUAUGGCUGUGUUGAUGAUUUGUUCGUAAUCAAACCAUUCGAAGGCGAAAUGGACAUCCGCAGCCUGGAAGCUUAUCCCAUGAGUUAUUUUGACAAGAAGAAGCUUGAUAUUCGGGGCGAGAGGUUCGUCGAUGCUACAAGUGUAACACACAUGCAGCACCAGGGCCUUACGGUGGGACCAAGCCGCGACGAGAUCGAUAGCCCUGUUAUUAUCGAUGCGAGGAUGGCCUCCUUCGAGGACAAACAGUCCUGGGAAAGAACAGGCAUGCAGCUACCAACAUUUACGAAGCCAACAGAGUCUAGGGAAAUGGCGAGGUACAGCAUGACAGACCCGGACGAAGCUUGUAUUACCGGCGCGCCAAGUUGCGGCAAAUAG